CAAAGGCGACAGGUAAGUGAGACAACUACCUUACUUGAUUGCACAUCUGCACCUAUGGGGUAUCGAAAUUUGUACAUAAAAUUAUCGUUCAAAUUGAUAUGAUUUAUAUACACAUAUACUUUAUAUACGAAGAAAUAAUCCCCUUCCCCUGGCCCAGAAAUCUAAAUCUUGUGGAUGAAUAUGCUUUAUGAAAACAGAGUUUGACAACGACACAUGAAAUAAUUGGAGAUUAUUAAUAGCAUCAGGAACGGUAAUAGAAGUAUUUGUUUCAGUAUAUAGAAGUUGGGGAAUUUUGCAACCUUCCCGAGAGUUUGAAAUUUGAAAUCAAGGGUUGAGAUUGUAAAAAGGGAGAAAAAAAGGAAAGAUGGGGUUGAUGUCGGGAAUGUUGAUGGGGAUUGUUUUCGGGAUCGCGUUGAUGGCGGGUUGGCAGCACAUGAUGCGGUACCGGAGCAACAAGCGAAUUGCUAAGGCAGUUGAUAUAAAAUCAUUGAGCUCUCUCAACAGGGAUGAUUUGAAGAAAAUCUGUGGCGAAAAUUUUCCAGAAUGGAUAUCUUUUCCUGUAUUUGAACAGGUGAAAUGGCUAAACAAGCAGUUGAGUAAACUAUGGCCAUUUGUUGCAGAUGCAGCAGAGGCUAUUAUAAAAGAUUCUGUUGAACCUUUAUUGGAAGAAUAUCGACCUCCAGGCAUUACAUCAAUGAAGUUUAGCAAACUGUCUCUCGGAACUGUGGCUCCGAAGAUUGAAGGUAUUCGUGUCCAGAGCCUUAAGAACGGUCAAAUCACAAUGGACAUUGACCUCCGAUGGGGUGGUGAUCCAAGUAUUAUUUUAGCCAUUGAGGCUGCACUUGUUGCUUCUAUCCCGAUUCAGUUAAAGGAUCUUAAAGUUUUUACCGUAGUUCGUGCAAUUUUCCAGCUUGCAGAAGAAAUUCCUUGCAUCUCCGCAGUUGUGGUUGCUCUACUUGCUGAGCCCAAGCCAAGAAUUGAUUAUACUCUGAAGGCUAUUGGUGGAAGUUUAACGGCCAUUCCUGGGCUUUCUGAUAUGAUUGAUGAUACCGUUACUUCAAUCAUCACAGAUAUGCUUCAAUGGCCUCACAGGAUUGUUGUUCCUAUUGGUGGCAUACCUGUAGAUACCAGUGAGUUGGAGCUUAAGCCACAGGGAAAUCUUACAGUCACUGUAUUAAGGGCAAACAACUUGAAAAACAAGGAAUUGAUUGGAAAAUCUGAUCCCUACGUUGUUGUGUACAUUCGUCCACUGUUCAAGGUCAAAACGAAGGUCAUUGAUAACAACCUGAAUCCUGUUUGGAAUGAAACGUUUGAGUUAAUCGCAGAAGACAAGGAGACACAGUCUCUUAUUGUUGAGGUCUUUGAUGAAGACGUUGGACAAGAUGAGCGAUUGGGCAUUGCAAAGUUGCCUCUGAUUGAGCUGGAAGCUGAGAAAUCAAAAGAAAUUGAAUUAAGGCUGCUGCCAUCACUUGAUAUGCUUAAAAUCAAAGACAAGAAGGAUAGAGGAACUCUUACAAUUCAGGUAUUUUAUCAUGAAUUUAACAAGGAAGAGCAAUUGGCUGCCCUUGAAGAAGAGAAGAGGAUCCUAGAAGAAAGAAAGAAACUGAAAGAAGCUGGAGUUAUUGGGAGCACUAUGGAUGCCCUCGGUUCUGGUGUUGGUGUGGUGGGUACAGGUAUCGGUGCUGGAAUGGGACUUGUGGGAAGUGGCAUAGGCGCUGGUGCGGGAAUUGUUGGUAGUGGUCUUGGAGCCUUCAGCAGUGGUCUAAGCAAAGCUGGAAAGUUCAUGGGCAGGACAAUUACAGGGCAAUCUGCUUCUAAGAGGAGCGGCUCCUCCACGCCAGUGAACUCUGUCCAAGAAAAUGGUGGUGCAAAGCCUCUGUAGAAUUGUGUUGAUUGUUUAUGUGAGAAAUAGUUUAUAAAUUCAAUCUUCAUUCAUUUAUUUUCAUGGUGGACUGGUAUGGAAAAAUUGGCAACAUGAGACAAGUGGUAGCUGUUCAGAACUUAGGUUCAAGAUGUGUCAUUCUGGGUAUGUCUUCUACUUUGUCGUCUUAAAGCGGCACCUUACUUAGCAGGAUGAAGACAUACUCCUUCCCGUUGUUUGCAGUGUUUUAGUUACUUUUGUCCAUUUUGUGAAUGUAAGAACUUAAUCGAAUUGGUUUGAAAUGGCUCCAAGAUCAGUUUAUGAUAUAAAUAUGUACUCAUCAAAUGCCCA